GUUGAUAUGGUGUCGUGUGUGAUAUUUUUUCUAAUUGUACCAAAUUAAAUUAUAACAUAAAUUAAUAAAAAUGGCUACAACUAUAAACCAGAAAGCGUAUUUGCAAAAAUACCUUAGUGGAUCGUCAGGAGACAAAAAGAAGAAGAAGAAAAAAGCUAUUAAAGGAACUGGAUUAAAAAUAAUUGAUGAUGACAUUGAUCUGUCUAAGCUUCGCACACUGGAAGGUGAUGAGCUGGAUGUGUUUGACCAGGGUGAGGACGCGCCCCAAAUUGUGGGCAUAAUUGAUGACAGGCCAGAAGAAGUCAAAAAGGCUGAACAGUUUAGCUCUAGCACAAAAUGGAAAGUAAUUAAUCAGGAUGACGGAUUCAGCAGUAAAUUACAAAUAGAAGAGAUAAAAAGAGACAUAAAACAGACAGAGAAAGAAAAUGAAUUGAUUUUUGGUAAAAUGUACAGUGAUUCUGAGGAUGAAAAAGCAAAUGGUUCUGACCUAUCUCCACCAAGAAAGCAGGAUACUGAAAGGCCUAAACCUUCCAAACGAAGAAACAGUGAUAGUGACAUUAGUCCUCCUAGAAAAAACCAUUCUCCGUCAAGAAAGAAGGAUUCUGAAAGACCUAAAUCUUCCAAACGACGAGACAGUGAUAGUGACUGUAGUCCUCCUAGAAGAAAAAACCAAUCUCCAUCAAGAAAGCGGGAUUCUGAAAGACCUAAAGCUUCCAAACGACGAGACAGUGAUAGUGAUUUUAGUCCGCCUAGAAAAAACCAUUCUCCUUCAAGAAAGCGGGAUUCUGAAAGACCCAAAGCUUCCAAACGACGAGACAGUGAUAGUGAUAUAAGCCCUCCUAGAAGAAAAAACCAUUCUCCGCCAAGAAAGAAGGAUUCCGAAAGACCUAAAGCUUCUAAACGGCACGACAGUGACAGUGAUUUUAGUCCGCCUAGAAAAAAUCAUUCUCCGUCAAGAAAGCGGGAUUCUGAAAGACCCAAAGCUUCCAAACGGCGCGACAACGAUAGUGACAUAAGUCCUCCAAGAAAAAGAAACACCAGGUGGGAUACAGGGUCACCCAAAAGAAGUCCUGAGAGAUCAUUUAAAAGGAGAAGUCCAAAUAAGUCGCCAAAAAGGAGCUAUAACAAUAAUUCUGAUAAAAAUAGAAAGAGAGAGAGUGAUAGCCCUCCACCUACCAAUAAGAAGAUGGCGAAAACUCUAGAAGGCAAGAUGGCGGGUUUGCAAGAUGCAAGACAGUUGAGACAAGAGAAUGAUACUUUUAGGAGAAAGGAAGAUGAAGUUUUCAAUAAGAUGUCUGACGAAGUCUCUGGAAGGAAUGCUCAAGUUGUGUCAAGGAAAUUAAAACGAGAGACAUCGGAAGACAGGCAAAAGCAGAAAGAAAAGGCUGAUAGACAGAGGGAAUUGGAUGAAAAAUACAAGAAGUGGUCUAAAGGGAUCAAGCAACUGGAAGAACAGGAAGCUCGUGUUCAGGAGUUUAUGCAUGAGUCUUCGAAACCCCUGGCUCGGCUCCGUGAUGACAAGGACCUUGAGGAUAGUCUGCGGCAGGUGGAGAGAGAUGGAGACCCCAUGUUGAAGUAUAUGAGGGAUCGCAAACGGGAAAGAGGAGAGUUGGGGCCAGAGAAACCAAUGUACAAGGGCAAUUUCCCCCCAAAUCGGUUCAACAUUCGACCCGGUUACCGGUGGGAUGGCGUGGACCGCUCCAACGGCUACGAAAAGAAAUACUUCGAACAACAAAGCAAGCGCAAAGCACAAGAGGAAGAAGCCUACAAAUGGAGUACAGAAGACUUGUAAUCUUUAUUCUACUCUUUUUAUUAGCAUACAUUUCAAUUUACCGUGAUCAAACUGUGUAAAACAAUUUUUUUUUAUGAAAUAAAUAUGUAAAUAUUUCUUUUUUAUAGAAAAAAAUGAGAAUUAUUUAAGCCGUUUUAUUUUAACUCUUAAUUAUCAAAAAAC